AUGCUCUAUACUUGCAUCGGUCCUAUGGUCAUACUGCUGGCAUUUAUUUACAAUUCAUUUGUAGAGCAAUUUUCAUUUGUGGAACGAUUUCGAACACUUUUAUUAGUUUUGCUAUGUGUUGUGUUUACCACAACGGGUCUUCUGCUUUGCAUGCCUAUGGGUACAUCAUUUUCUACUUUAUUACAGUACGUUUCACAAUCAUCAAUCACGCAAUUAUUACUAUUUAUCACUGUUUUCUUCAUUUAUGGAUGGUAUAAUUUGGAUACCGAUGCACGGAUAAUGAUAAAUACUAGCAAUAAUCGCUCAUUACUAGUAUUCUUAUUUGGUUCAACAAGUCCUUUAUAUUCUAUUUUACUAUUUACAUCUGUACCAGCAUUCCUUGUGGCAAAAUUAGUGAGUGUAUUUGAUUUGCUAAUGAGUGGAAUGGAUAUAGAGAAGCAUAUUGAUUAUGGUACAGCAUUUAUAUCAUCAUCUAAAAUGUUAAAUCGAUCCUUUGGAUAUUUGAUAUUGCUUGGGCCAACUACAAUUAUUAUCAUUUUUGCUUUUGUUGCAUUUUACAUCAAUGUUAUUGUAUGCAGAAUGCCAUUAGGUGCAAUCAUGGAUGCAACAACAGAUUGGAUUUCGCAUGCUUCACUUAGCCAGACGACGAGUCCAAAACCGGCACCGAUCUCACAUCACAUAUUCACCUCUUUCUUCAAUAUUUCAUACCGAACUGCAUUAUAUGUCAUAUUUCUUGUUGAAAUCUUCAUUGGAAUCAUUUUACUUUUCCUCUUUAUUGGCAAUGUAUUUUACGUUCGUCUUGCUAGUAAUAGCGCCAAUAUGGCAGCAGCAGGAAAUUUUCGUACCGUAUUAUUUCUUGGUCUCUUAACAUUCCACAUUUUAUCAUUGAUUGAAUUACGCUGGGCGCUGAAAAGAUGGGAUCAUUCAUCCAGAUUGACAAUGUAUAUAUCGGUUGCAACAAUAGAAAUGGCCUUCCUGAAUGGUUAUAUGUGGAUUGCAGCGGUGAAUCAUUCCUGGGGUUUAAAUUAUCAACCAUUAUUGGUGAUUUUCGUCAAUACUUUUAUUCGGGGUGUUAUGAUCGCUAUUGUGAUAGCAAUCCGUUGGAAUAUGGCGGAAAUGUCACAUCCAACGCGUACACGUGACGCUACCGAAAUUUAUGAUGCAACCGCUGAUUUGGAUAAUGAUGCAGAUCAUGAGGAUGAUGUACCGACCAUUUAUGAAAUGCGACGUGAUGUUUUCACGUGA